UUUCUAUUACAUCAGUCUGUUACAUAUUCAUAGACCCUUAUGCAUAGUAAACUUUCUUCCCAAACUAGGUUACAUGUUCCAAGAUCUGUUUAGCAUGGCUCCUCCUUGGUUCCACCUUUUUAGAGCAUGUGGAUUCCUUGGUUGUGGUUUUUAGUCCAUUCUUAUAAUCUCCAGUUUUUGGGCCUUGGUCCACACUGUCUUCAGAGAGUGAGUGCUGAUAGUUGGCCUAUCUGUAGCAGGUGGCUUCUUCAUAUGUUCAUUGCAUGUUAUCCCAUCCAAGCAGGCAUUUUAACACAAGCAUACUUAUAUCAGCUAUUUCACUAAGCUUAAUUAAGAACAGAAAUAAAAACUAUAUCUUUAUAACAAAUUACUUUAACAUCACACACAUAGAAUCCAUUUUAAUAUUUGCAAAAAGCAAAUUUGCAAAAAUUUGCAAAUAUUAUAAUAUGUAUUUACAACAGGCAUGUGCCCCAGUGGACUCUCUCCCUUUAUUCGAAUAAGGUUGCAGGACUCCUCUGUUUCCUUUAUGGACACUGGCUUUUCAUAGCAUGAUUUUCCAUACAACAAUCAUAAAACACUUCCUCCUCUCCUUCCACUGCUAGACCAGAGGAAAUAAUGCCUGGCACUGGCUUCACUUUGCAAAACUUCAUCCCAGGUUUCCCUUAAAGAGACCCUUUUAAGUAGCUUGGCUUUAUCAUCUGGCUUCUCUGAGUGAAUACAAGAACCCAGUGCACAAUGAGGUGCUUAGUCAAACUUUGAGGUACUCUUCUCCACCAAGAAACUCCCUUAUUAUAGGGGAAAUAAAGGGCAUACAAAUAUUUGUAUGAUUAUGCUGUCUUAAAACUGAUGUGGAUGGAUGUGUGCUUUUCCUUAUGUUCACAUGGAUCAUUAACUUUUUCCUAUGCUUAUAGAGGCAAAAAUUAAGAGUAUCCCAAACCAAAUGAUCACCAAUGAACAACACUGUGGAGAAAAGAAAAAGGAAGACGGGGAAAAAAGUGUGAUGUACAGGCAGACUGAAAAGAAAGCCAGCUCCUGACCACCUGAAACCCUCUGGUGUCUCAAAUCACAUAAAAUCAAUAAACAUACUAUUUUCCUGAAAAAUAUGGCAUUUCUUUUAUGCCUUUUUUUGGUGUCUUUUCACCUAACAAACGUCAAAGACAAGGGUGCUGCAAAAAACCAAAUUGAAAAAAAAAAAACCCAGUAAAGAACCUAUCAGGCUUUCCAGCUUCUCCUGAGGAUAAAACACCUAAGGGAUAACAGUCUUUAGCUGUUUUCAGUCGUGAUUUACUAUGAUUAAUGCUCCUCUCUACAUCCUCCUUCACACACAUAACUACCACCUCCAUUUUGAACAAAACACCUUAAUUUCGUACCAAGGCCCUCUCAAAAGACUGAAAACCUGCUGCCAAAGCUGCUCUUGGGGGAAAGUGCUAUGCUCCAGGGCAUCCAGCAGGAGUGCCUCUUCAGCUGUGCCGGGCGGGCAUGCAGCCUCUCGUGAGGGGAGCAAGGGCAGGUGACGAGGCAGCCAUCUCUGCUAAGGAAAAAGGCUGAGACGUAUGGAGCAAAAUGCCCCCUUAGGGCCCGGCUCGCCACCUUCAUCCAUCCCGGAGGAGUCCGUCGUUGUACCCAGUUAGGAGAGGGUCAGAAAGUGCUAGAGGAACGCUCGGGCAGGGCCGGAGCCAGGAACAGGCAGAGACAAACACAAACACAGAAGGAAAUAAAAGUAUCCUCACCCCACCCCUCUUCCGCUGAGGUGAUGUCACCGUGAGCACCUCCUGAUUGGCUCGGAGGGAGUAGGUGACCUCGCGGCGUGACGUCAGCGUGUCGUUGAGGAGGCGAAGUGGAGGGUUCUAAAUGGCUUCUAAGAAGUUGGGAUCUGAGUCUCAUGGUCCUUUCAGUUAUCUUGAUGAUGUCCCAUUUAAGAUAGGAGACAAAUUCAAAACCCCAGCAAAGGUUGGAUUACCCAUUGGUUUCAGCCUGCCUGAUUCUUCUCAGCUUGUCAGAGAAGCCCAGUAUGACUUCUCACUGGAAAAGAAAACAAUUGAAUGGGCUGAAGAUAUCAAAAGAAUUGAAGCUGCCCAGAGAGAAGCUGAACACAAGGCAGAAGAAGCACUAGCAAAAUCAAAAGCAGCUUCAGAGGACAUCACCAAAAUGGGGUUCUCAGAGGGACCUUGCCCUGAAGUCACACCUCCUCCUAUUAACCCCAUCCUUGCUAGCCUGCAGCACAAUAAUAUUCUUACUCCCACACCAGCCAACAGCAGUGCUGUGAAGCAAAAGGUUCUCAGUCCACCUCAUCCAAAAGCAGACUUCAACCCAGCUGAUUUUGAAUGUGAAGAAGACCCUUUUGACAAACUGGAAUUAAAAACUAUCAAUGAUAAGGAAGAAUUAAAAAAUAUCCUGGAAAUUCAUGUUGGUACUACUAGGCCAAUUGUUGCCCAGCUAUUUGAUAAUACUUUGCCCAAAGUAGAGUCUGAGUCUGUGUUGCAAGAUGAGAAAGUUCUGACAUCCAUAGAAAGGGCUACAUUGGAUUUCAAACCCCUUCACAAACCAAAUGGCUUUAUCACUUUACCCCAGUUGGGAAACUGUGAAAAGAUGUCCUUGUCUUCCAAGGUGUCCCUGUCCCCUAUCACUUCAGUCAGCAACAUCAAAUCCCUGUCCUUUCCCAAACUUGACUCUGAUGAGAGUGAUCAAAAAUCAUCAAAGCUUAUGAGCACUUUCCACAGCACUACCUGUCUCCACAAUGACACUUUGCUCAGCUCUUUGCAGACCUGUGCUCAGAGUAAAACCAGUGAACUGAAUGGACACCAUACGGUGGGUCUUUCUGCUCUAAAUGAGGACAGUGGCAUGGAGACAUCAACAUUAUCUUCUUCAUCCAGACUGUCUUCCCUGGCUACAUCAACAGUUUGUACAGAAGAAUCAUCUCAAAACACAGCGAUUAUGGUGCACCCAGACUACAAGGAAACAAAAAUACUUACGGUAACACACCAAAAUUUCCCGGUGUCUAAAGUGCCCAAUAAUAUCAGCUGGACAAAGCAGAAGCAGUCAGGUGACCCCGCUCCUGAACUACAGCAGGCCCUCUCUGCUAGUGAGAGGCAGUGCAUAGAGACAGUUGUCAACAUGGGAUACGCGCCUGAGGACGUCCUGAAAGCCAUGAAGAAGAAGGGGCAGAACAUAGACCAGGUUUUGGAUUACCUGUUCGUACAUGGACAGCUUUGUGAGAAGGGCUUUGAUCCACUUCUUGUUGAAUCAGCUUUGGAAAUGUACCAGUGUUCAGAGGAGAAGAUGACAGAGCUUCUCCAACUAAUGAGUCAAUUUAAAGAAAUGGGCUUUGAACUAAAAGACAUUAAUGAGGUCUUAUUACUACAUAACAAUGACCAGCAGAAAGCUUUGGAAGAUUUGAUGGCCCGUGCAGGAGCCAGCUGAAAACAUAGUCCUGGAUUCUCAUCAUGCAACAGAGCAAGACCAGGGUGACCUAAUCUCAGCAAGGAGUUUGACUUUUUGCAUAUAAGGGAGAAUGUCUGAGCAAGCCCGCCCAUGUGCAUCACUCCAGCAUUUCUCUUUCCACUGAAAGCAAACUUUCUUUCUUAAAUUAAAUUUUUUAAGUGUCCUUUCCUAAGUUUCCUUUUUUCCAGCUUGGCAACAGAGAGUUUAGACUGUCCAGUCUCUACUGGAAUUGUACAUAGGUAGAGAUGGGGUGGUUUCUCCCACUCACCAUUGCACUGGAGUUGAACAGAACAUUGUUGGUUCUGAAAUUAGGAUGCUUUGGUUCUUUGAAGCUGCUUUAAUGGUGUCUACUUGUACUGAAUUACUUGAUUGUGUCAGUCUAGAUUAACUGGUUAAAUUUGACCUUUAGUGCAAUGGAGUUUUAUUUUUUGGGGGCAAAAUUAGUCUGCAACUUAGUAAAACACUGUUUCAGAAACUGUUGCUAUGCAUAAAGAGACAGCCUAUUCUUUUUGGGUUUUUUACCCAUGUAUCCAACACUUCUGCCAGACAUGAGCGUUCAAUGCUGAGUGAUCUGUAAAUUCCCUUUGAAACGGGUAAGUUGUGAAUUCUGUCUGGACCUGCAACUUAUGUUGGUUUUUGAACCUGAAGGCAGGGAGCCGGAGCUUAGUAUUCUUAACCCCCCAGGUUUGUGGGAUAUUUAAGGCAAUGCUCUGCUAGAAAAUCAGUUCUCUUUUUGUUUUGAAUAAUACUCGGUGUGAUGCAGGAGGUUCCUUUCAAGCACUUUCUUUAAAAGAGAUAUACUCACUGCAUUAGUUCCAUUUCUCACACUGCUAUAGAAUUGCAUAAUAGCAUCUAGUACUAGAAAUCAGCUUUUGGGUUGGUUUUGAUAGUUAAAGUUCUAAAUACUUAAAAUAUCAACAGUCUUGAGGAAUCUUUAAAGUAAUUCACUAAAAAUUUUUAUUCUGCUGAAGAAAAACUAACAAAAUCCUCAAUAUAACUCCCAGUGUCAUGGUUCCUAUCUCUCAUGCUCUUUGGCUUCAACAAAUGAACGACUUGCUGGAUCCAGCCUGCUCCUGCAGGCACACGUGCACACUGUGUGUUGGGCAGAACAACCAGAGGUCUCCAGGCAGAUGGCUGCAGUGGUGCAAAAACCACAUCUAGGGAUCCAAACUAGUGUUACGGCAUGGAGCUGGGAGCAUUGAGAACUUAGGCAGGGAAAAAUGACUUGGCUGAUUUCCUCAGUUUAAGUUUUUCAGUAGGAGGUUUUAGCUCAUCAGGACCCUGAAGGAGAUGACAUUUCUUUCUAUUAUGUUGUUAACUUUAUAUGACCAAAACAUGUAAUUUGGGUCCAGUGUUAACUCCUGGAGUUGUCUGUGAGUUUCUCAACUACAUUAAUUACCUUUCCUUAAAACAAAAUGAUGCUGAGAGAAUAUGUACCUGGUAAGUAUCUAGGAGGUGUGGAGAUGAAUGAUGAAUAGGACUAGGACAGACUGCCAUGCACGUAUCCCAUAGUAUUGAGCUUCACCAGCUUCUAUUAGUGGGACUGAAAUUAAAACUUAUCUAAGAAGGACAUUUACAGCAGCAGGUGGAUCAGCAGCUGCUGCCUCUGUGGGUGCAGGUAAAGCAGUUGUCCAGCUUUCCUUCCCAGGUAAGAAAUGUGACAGUUUGAAAUGAAGAAAUUGGGUUCCUGAUUAAUCAGAAAAGCUGGAAAACAAAACUUGAACUUCUUUACUGUCACUGCUGAGAGCAUUCGGUUGUGUUACUUGUUUCAAUUUUCUCACAAUUAAUAUCCAAACAAAUCUGUCUGGUACUAGACAAUCUUGAAAGGGCAAGAAGUCUUGCCAGCAAAGAAACAACUAUUUAGACCAAACUUCUGAAUAAAAUCAUCUCUUCAGUUGUGUUAAUGUGUGUUGUUUUUCUGGUCUCCCCACUACAGUAACCACUCUGCUUAUGGAGACUGUUGUAGAGGUGAGAGCAGAGAGGUGAAGAUGGAAACUGAUACCUGUAAAGCUUGUGGUCUCCUUCCAAAAAGAUGUACCCCUCUGUGUCUUCCCUGGUGACACUGCUCUUGCUUUGUCAGUGAGGUUUUUGGAUUUACAUCUGUAUUAGGUUUGCAUGGCCAGCUUUUGGUAGAAGAAGGGCUAUGAGCAUGGCUUCUGUGAGAAGAUGCCAGAAUCUUACCUCAUGUCCCAUAGAGCCAAUGACAGCUGGUUCCAAGAUGUGCCCAUUGCUGUCCAAAGCUGAGUCAAUUUGGAAAUGGUGAUAACUUCUGUGAUAACAUAUUUGGAAAGGGGAAAAAAAUGGAACAACAGCCAAAAAAGAGUUGAGAAUAUUUGUGCAAACUGUAGACACCAAGGUCAGUAAAGAAGGUGGGGGAGGAGGCCCACUAGGGACUGGAGCAGACUGCUUCAGCCUGUGGUGAAGACCAUGGUGAAGCAGGUUGUCCCCCUGCAGCCACAGUGAAGGAGCUAUCUACUCUGUAGCCUGUGGAAGACCCCAUGCCAGAGCAGGUGCCCCAAGGAGGAUGGGACCCUGUGGGAAGCCCAUGCUGGAGCUGGCUCCUGACAGGACCUUUGGCCCUAUGGAGAGGACUUCACACUGGAGUGGGUUUUCUGGCAGGAUUUUGACCCUAUUGGGGACCCAGGCUGGAGCAGCCUGUUCCUGAAGGACUACACCCUGUGGAAAGGACCCCAUGCUGGAGAAGUUUGUGGAGGACUGUCUCCCAUGAGUGGGACCCCAUGCUGGAGCAGGGGAACAGUGAAGAGAAAGGAGCAGCAGAGAUGAUGUGAUGAACCCCCAUCCUCCCUGAGCUGAUUGGAGGGGAGGAGGUAGAGAAUUUGAGAGUGAAGUUGAGCCUGAGAAGAAGGAAAGGGUGUUUUAAGGGUUGUAUUUUUAUUUC